ACUGCGUCCCGACUGGCCGCGGAUCAGGUCAGUACAACAGGGACUACGCCUCCCAGCAUGCAGUGCGACCACGCCUGCGCAGCUGCGCCACUGGAACGGUGCUUGCCGCGACGCUGAGAUUCAGUCUUUGAACAGCCCGAAGGAGUAGCCUUUCCCCUCCUAACUGCCGCCACUCCGCAGUCCCGAUCUUUGAAAAUCAAACCGAAAUGGAGAGACUAACGAGAAUGGUUCCUUUUUAUUCCUAGUAGAUUUCUUCCGUGGCAAAGUAACCGGCAGUCUUCCGUUUCCGGUUGCCGUGGUAACCACAGACAAAACAGCCGUGACGGUUAUGGCCGGCCUGAACGACGCGCAGAUCCCCGACGGGGAGUUCACCACAGUCGUGUACCGGCUCAUCCGCGAUGCCCGCUAUGCCGAGGUGGUGCAGCUGCUGGGCCGAGAGCUGCAGCGGAGCCCUUGCCGCGCCGGCCUGUCGUUGCUGGGCUACUGCUUCUACCGCCUGCAGGAGUUCAGGCUGGCCGCCGAGUGCUAUGAGCAGCUGGGCCAGCUGCACCCGGAACUAAAGCAGUACCGCCUGUACCAGGCCCAGGCCCUGUACAAGGCCUGCCUUUAUCCGGAGGCCACCCAGGUGGCCUUGCUUCUCCUGGAUGACCCCACCUACCACAGCCGGGUCCUCCGCCUGCAAGCUGCCAUCAAAUACAGUGAGGGCGAUCUGCCAGGGUCCAGGAGCCUGGUGGAGCAGCUGCUGAGUGGGGAAGAGGGAGAAGAUAGUGGGAUCGAGAAUGAGACUGAUGGCCAGGUCAACCUGGGUUGUUUGCUCUACAAGGAAGGACAGUAUGAAGCUGCAUGCUCCAAGUUUUUUGCAGCCCUGCAGGCCUCAGGCUACAAACCUGACCUUUCCUACAACCUGGCUUUGGCCUAUUACAGCAGCCGGCAGUAUGCCUCAGCGCUGAAGCUUAUCACUGUGAUUAUUGAGCAUGGCAACCGCCAGCACCCUGAGCUAGGUGUGGGCAAGACCACUGAGGGCAUUGAUGUUCGCAGUGUUGGCAACACCUUAGUCCUCCACCAGACUGCUUUGGUGGAAGCUUUCAACCUUAAGGCAGCCAUAGAAUACCAAUUGGGAAACUAUGAGGCAGCUCAAGAAGCCCUCACUGACAUGCCACCCAGGGCAGAGGAAGAGUUGGAUGCUGUGACUCUGCACAACCAGGCACUAAUGAACAUGGAUACCAGACCUACAGAAGGGUUUGAAAAGCUACAGUUUUUGCUCCAACAGAAUCCCUUUCCUCCAGAGACUUUUGGCAACCUGUUGCUGCUCUACUGUAAAUAUGAGUAUUUUGACCUUGCAGCAGAUGUCCUGGCAGAAAAUGCCCAUUUGACUUAUAAGUUCCUCACACCCUAUCUCUAUGACUUCUUGGAUGCCAUGAUCACUUGCCAGACAGCUCCUGAAGAGGCUUUCGUUAAGCUUGAUGGGCUAGCAGGGAUGUUGACUGAGGUCCUCCGGAAACUCACCAUGCAAGUACAGGAAGCAAGACACAAUAGAGAUGAUGAAGCUAUCAAAAAGGCAGUGAAUGAAUAUGAUGAAACCCUGGAGAAGUAUAUUCCUGUGUUGAUGGCUCAGGCAAAAAUCUACUGGAACCUUGAAAAUUAUGCAAUGUUGGAGAAGAUCUUCCGCAAAUCUGCGGAAUUUUGUAACAACCAUGAUGUGUGGAAGCUGAAUGUGGCUCACGUUCUGUUCAUGCAGGAAAACAAAUACAGAGAAGCCAUUGGUUUCUAUGAACCCAUAGUUAAGAAGCAUUAUGAUAACAUCCUGAGUGUCAGUGCUAUUGUACUGGCUAAUCUCUGUGUUUCCUAUAUUAUGACAAGUCAAAAUGAAGAAGCAGAAGAGUUGAUGAGGAAGAUUGAAAAGGAGGAAGAGCAGCUCUCUUAUGAUGGCCCAGAUAAGAAAAUGUACCAUCUCUGCAUUGUGAAUUUGGUGAUAGGAACUCUUUAUUGCGCCAAAGGAAACUAUGAGUUUGGUAUUUCUCGAGUUAUCAAAAGUUUGGAGCCUUAUAAUAAAAAGCUGGGAACAGAUACCUGGUAUUAUGCCAAAAGAUGCUUCCUGUCCCUGUUAGAAAACAUGUCAAAACACAUGAUAGUCAUUCAUGACAAUGUUAUUCAAGAAUGUGUCCAGUUUCUAGAACACUGUGAACUUCAUGGCAGAAACAUACCUGCUGUUAUUGAGCAACCCCUGGAAGAAGAAAGAAUGCAUGUUGGAAAGAAUACAGUCACAUAUGAGUCUAGGCAGUUAAAAGCUUUGCUUUAUGAGAUUAUAGGAUGGAAUAAGUAGCUCUGGCUGAUAGUGGCUUUUUUCAAAAUGGCUUUCUUACCUAUCACACUUUUUAAUCUGUACUUAGCCUUGGCAUCUUUAUGUUUGUUUUAUUUUGAACUUUAUACACUUUAAAUUAUAAUAACAAGUAUUGUGUUUGAACAACUUUUUCAUUUAAUUCAGAAGAGUAGGGAGUGUGCAGUGUAAGCUGAAUCACUUCUGCUUUCUUCCUACUAGUGACAACCAUCUGGUCUUGCCGUCAAUCAGCAGUUGCUAGAGUGACAUCUUUGUAUAAGCAAGUAACCCCAAAUAGAGUUGAUGUUUCAGCUUUGAGCUGUGAAAAGGGUAUGUCAUGGACCAAAGCCCUAUCAAUAUGUGUAUGUUUGCAUUUGGUCACUGGUAUGUAAAUGAAUGCUAGCCCAUGACUGGACCACUUCUCAAUCAGUAAAUAAAGCCAUGUCUAUUUUGCCAUCUCAGGAUGGACUGUGCUGUCUAAUAAAUCUAAUUCUUAACUCUA